AUGGCGGCUCUCUUGAACGCCUUCCCUCACCUCUACACCAUUUCCGUAUCCUUCUUCAAUCUCUUACUCCUCAAAGCCCUAUUUCUAAUCCGGUCCUUCGUCCCCGGAAGUGAGGUCACGAAUCCUGAUAAACUCUUUCGCAUAAUUUCCUCACAAUAUCUCAACAUCAUUGAAAAAACAAAUCCAACACUUCAUUACAGUGAAAAAAUCAGCCGGGCGCAAUAUAGAGAAUGUGCAGUAUGCUUAUCGGAAUUUACGGAAGGCGAAAGGGUUAGGAAAUUGAAAUGCGACCACACAUUUCAUCAGGAAUGUUUAGACAAAUGGUUACAACAAUCCAUGGCUACAUGCCCGCUUUGCAGGACUACGGUUUUGCCAGAUCAGAUUGUGGUCAAUUAUCAUCAGCUGCGAGAUAAUAUACUGAACGGUGGGAGCUAUGAUGAUACCAUUUUCCUGUUAUCUGCAUUGUAUGGCAGUAGUUUGGAAAAAAUAUUCUGACAUGGAUAAUUCAUUUCUCUUAGCAUAGACAGAUAUUGAUGUACAGUCAUAGAUACCUCACUUGUGACAGAAAUUAUUGC